AUGCUUCAAGCGCUCUGUUUUGUUGGUGGCUAUCCCAAUGGUGCUCCCACUGGUGCCUGUGAGGAUAUGAUGCCUCGCCACUCUGGGGUGCUGCCUCAGCCCUCAGCAGCACCCUACACUCUUCUCACCAACACCAGGACGUUUCAGCCAGGCAAACCUAUUACAGUGACUGUCACUGGACCAGAAUAUAGAGGUGUGCUUCUUGAAGCUCGGACAGACGGCAGCACUAAUGCUCUGGGGAGCUGGAAAAUCCCUCCUCCAGACACAAAGUUUCUUCAGGUGAAUCACAAGCAUUUUCCGGCCACAGUAGCUCAGCAGCGCACAGUCUACUGGGUUAAUGUGAGGUCCAUCACUCUGACCACAGAGUCACCAGGUGUCAGUCUGGCUGCAGGUGCAAGUGCUCGGAUGGCUGGAAAAAAACCUUUGCUUGUCCUGGGGAUAUGUUUUCUGAUGUUACAGGUGCUGUAG